AGAAUCAGCUAUAUUUUGUGUCUAAAAAGUUGGCAACACUGGAGCGAAACUCUAUUCGAUACAACUCUAAACCGUAGCGCUGUAGGAGGAUUUGCAAAAGACGAAAACAGUGAAAGCGGUGUGAAAAAGCAGGCGAAUAGAGAUAAGAAACAAAAUACAAAAGUCAACGCAAGCAGCAGCGGCGCGCCGUGUCGACAGCGCUAGCCGCUGGAGCUGGUUUUAAAUGGAUUAAGCGUUGCUCGCCAUAUCAAGCAGAGAUAACAAUAAACUAAGGGGGGGAGGCGGUUAAACGGAAGCGAGAGCGCGGAACGGAACGGAACGGAGUCAUGUCUUCGGCCGUCAACAUACAAAUCGUAUCGAUGCCGAAUCUGGCCAAGAUCGAGAACUUUUUCAAGGAUGUCAGCUAUCGUGAGACGAUCGAGUACAGCGCCAAUUUCAACACACGCCUCUGCAUUGAACGGCGACUGCGGCUGCCGUUCCUCGAUCCGCAAACGGGCGUCGCACAAAAUCACUCCCAGCUGUUCAUGGAUAAGAGACAACGAAUGCCGGGAUUUCGACAGGGCCAAAUCUACACGUAUCCCGCGACACGUUGGCGCAAAAGUCGGCGCCAGUAUUUAACCAAAAUGUACAGUUCCACACACAACAACAGGUUUCCCGAGCGCCCCUUUCAGGCGUUGCGUAAGGAGCACGAGGCACUGGUGGCCAGCGGCAUUAAUAUUGGCAGCGUCACUGGCCUCGGGGGCAUCACUGGCAUCGGAGGCAUCUCUGGCAUCGGAGGCAUCACUGGCAUCGGAGGCAUCACUGGCAUCAGUGGCACCGGCGGCAGCAUAGGCAGUGCAAAUAGCAGCAGCUCCACGUUGAGUCUCAAUAUGCUAACGGGCGGCGGCGCAUCGACGACGCCAACGGUUCUGAGCACGCUCCACAGCGACACCACGCACGACUUCAAUGGUGCGUUCAGCAUGGAGGAGUCGUGCUCGCUGGGCGCCGCCGGCGGCGACACAUCCGACAGCAAAGACAGUCAACUGCCAACACAACAGCAGCAGCAACAACAACAACAACACGCGAAAGAUGAACUGCCCAAAGAGUGGUUCUACGAUGAAAUGGAUAUGAACGAUGUGGAUUCGCUUGAGGAACCGAAAUCACCAGCCGAUGAUGAGUACGACUAUGAUCCACGUUAUGGCAAUAAGAAGCGACGCAAGCGUCGGCCCGGGAAGCGUGCAACGACACACGCUGGCGGGGAAACCACCAGCAUAAGCAUCAGCAGCAGCGCACGACGACGCAGUGCGGCGACACGGACGCGUGUCACGACCACAGAUGCGGCGCUGGAUGCCUCACUGGAGGCCAUCGAGGCGGGCGGCGAUAUUGGCGGCACGCCGACAACGAGCAGCGGCCGCAGAUCUCGCGUUGCCGGCACACGCGGCCGUCGACGUGCCAAAGGCGGCACCUCGACCAGCACAACAGCCAGUGGCAGCAGUGGCAUGCCCAGCAAUACAUGUGAUCCCCCAAGUCCGGGCCUGGUUAAUGAGCCGCCAUCGUUUGAGAGUGCCGCGGCUGCUGUUGGCGUUGGUGUCGGCGCCGAGGAUGGCAAUGCACAUCUGCGCAAUUAUCGCAAGUAUCUGUAACGCAAGGAUCGGACCAUGUAGGUGGCAUUGUGUACGGACCACGUUCACCCAAGCAACCAACCACCUACCGACCUACCUACCUACCUACCUACUACUAUCUAUCUAUCUAUCUAUCUAUCUAUCUAUCAAUCUAUCAACCAAUCUACGUAUCUUGUUUAUUGCAUUCGUUUAUUUAACGGUGAUUACUAUUUUUUCAAACAUAUGUAAUUUAAAGUUAGUUUAAGGCUUAGUUUAUUAGUUCCUUAUGCGAGUCCAGACCCAACCAGACCAGACUAGACAAACCAAGAGACAGAAGCACCAAAACCACAUCCAAGCAGUCGUAGCUAAAUUAUAAUUCUACUGGUAACUCUGUCGCCUAUCUAAUUGUACGUUCCCAUAGCCAAUUGAUUGUUAAUACUGAUCUAAGGUUUAUACAUAUGUAGUAUAUAGCCUAAAUAUGCACAUACCAAUAUACAUAUAUAUAUAUAUCUAAUAUAUAUAUAUUUAUAUGAAGCGACUUUACUUAAACGCGGUCAAUUUAAUCGCAAACUCUUAACGGUUUUUAUUGCCGCCACAAUUUUUUGAAACAUGAUUUUUUUUACCUUAUUAUUAUUUGAUUUUAUUAUUAUUUUUUUUUUAAAUGUAUCUUUUUUUCAGUUUAAUUUAUAUUUAGUGGAAAUUUGAAAAUGCAUUGGCGAAAUGUAUUAUUAGGCAGUGUGGUAGGGUUUAGGGUUCCAGUCCAGUUCAGUCCAGCGUAAAAUACAAAACAAAAACAAAAAAAAACCAACAAA